AUGAGUAUGUGGCACCCUAAGAAGACACACAUCCUGGGCUGGGCCGAGUGCCUGCGGAGGAGCGGAGCACAGCUGCCCCCGGACUUCGACGAGCGCGUCAAUGCCAUGACACACAAGUGGGACCAGCUGCAGGUGAACACACACACAUGCCGUAACACUAUUCCACCUUCUGUACUGUUAAUACUGGAGAUCCAGAAAAAUAGACAGAAUGGGUCAACAUGAUGAUAUGACCUUCUUGUGGGUAACUCAUUGUUACCUGCAUAAAUAAAACAGUUGAUCUGCUGUUUUUAGGUAAAUCAAAAGGAACGCGCACCAGGCCCCCCGCCCUGCCUGUCCCCCAGUCAGUCCCGUUCAGACUCCAGUGCACUAAUGCGGGUCAAUAUCCCACCUGAGAGCCUGUCUGUGUCUCAAAUGGCAUCCUAUUUCCUAUAUAGUGCAGGGUUCUGGUCAAAAGUAGUGCACUAUGUAGGGAAUAGGGUGCCAUUUGGGCACAGGCCCUCUCUCGGUUCGCAGGGAACCCUGUGGAGAUGGAGCUGGCUAGCAGCUCAAUUGAAGUGAGUGAAUCAGGAUAAAGCCUUGCUGCUACGCCUCUGAAAUGAUGAACAGGCCUGGGGCUCCUACUCCUUCUCCCACCCCCAAACCCUCUUAUCUAUGCAACACAUGAACACUACACCAAAUACAGUACAGUAGCUAGGUACCCUGCCUUGUCUACCCCCCACCAUCCACCCCCACCCCCCUGCUUAGAGGGCGCAGCUCAGCUAUAUCCAUAUCUUGGAUAUCAGCCAGGGAAGCAGGAGAUGGUAUCGGAUCGGAGACGCCUGCCUGCUCUAGUCUUGAUGAUCCUGUUAAUGGUACGGUAUGGCUGGCUUGUUGAUCCUUAUCGGACCGACUGGGGUUCAACUGUGCAUUGCUCUUAGAGGCUAAUUUUAGGUUAAUCACUGUUCAUCUAAUCUCUGAACAUGAGAAAUAUAAUUGCUGGUCUCUCAAUUAGCAGGGCAUGUUCCUGUUCUAGUAGUACCCCAAGCAGCUUCUCCUCAUAUCCACCCUUUCGCUCUCCCUGGGGUUGACAUGGUUUGCGUCCCAAAUGGCACCCUAUUCCCUAUAUAGUGCACUACUUUUGACCAGGGGCCCAUAGGGACUAUAUAGGGAAUAGGGUGCCAUUAGGAUGCAGACAUGCACUGAUCAAACAACAUGUAAUUAUCAAGAUGCCAACAACUCAAACAAACAUACCUGGUGUCAUUUCUGUAAUGUCUGAGUUCCAAGACAUAUUUUCCGCUAUAACACAUGAAUACAUAGACCUAAAACAAUGCGUACUCUCGCAUAGAAGAAAUUAGUGUGUGUCUGUGUUUGCACACAUCUGUGUGUCUGUGUGUCUGUGUCUGUGUGUGUGUGUAUGUGUGUGUGUGUGUGUGUGUGUGUGUGUGUGUGUGAGAGUGGGUUGGUUUCAGCUAGAUAAAUAUAUAUAUUAUUUUCCAAAGCUAAAGAGAUGCUGUUUGGAAAUUAAGCAACAAACAAGUUUUAUUUUCCACCACAGCAAUCAGCGAUGAUUAAAGUUCUAUUGAGUUUCCCAAAUAAAUGUGUGACGUUCGAACAGGAUGCUCAUGCAUAAACAAAGUUCUGUUUAGCGAAGGAAUAUUUCUUUGGUCUGUGGUGAGUGGCAUCGGGCAGAGAGCCGCUACAAUGGAAUGGCAGUGGUGCGGGGAGUUUAAUCUGCAAAUUUCUGCUCCCUGCACUGCACAUUACGCCAUCUCAAUUGCAUAUUAAACAACCCUAUCAAGUCAGGCAUUGGCAUCUGCUGUGCUGACACAAAUUGUGAAUUAAAUGAAAUUGAUGUCCUCUGUCGUAUAUAUUUAUGAAGACAGACCAUUCUCUGAAGUAUUCUGCUUAUGAAGAAUUUAUGAUUGCAAACUGUUCCAGAACAAAAUAAAGUGGCAAUAAAUUCCUUUUUUUGUGUCCCUGACCCUCCAAGGGCAUUUGGGUUCACCUCUCUCUCUUCAGCGCUCUGUUCAUCACAGGGCAAAAACAAUGGCUAUAUCUGGAGUCCAUUGAGUGCUUUCAAAUUAUCGAUAUUCAAACGAGGAGAGGAGAGAGAGAGAGAGAAUGGAAGAGAAAAUGAAACAGAGAAUGAGAGAGAGAGAGAGAAUGUUAGGGAGGGAUUCUUGUUAAGGGAGGGAACGUAUACGAUGCUCUUUGCUGGGAGGCAGCCACAUCAGUAAGUCCAGAGGACACUUAUGGUGUUUUGAGGUACAGAUAAUCAAAGUAGAACGUUAUUGGAAUCAAUAUUGAAAAUCCCAUACAGUGGAAUUGUUUACGGUUUAUGUGUGACUCAUAUCACCUCACUGACAAUAUCUUAAAGCUAGGUGUCCUCUCCUAUUUUUAAUUUCCUACUCCAUCAUUUCACAUCACAACACUGUAGUAUUAAGUGCUCUUUUGUUUCUCACAGUGACUCUAAAACAUGCAAGUCAAACCCGUCUAGUCAUAGACUCUGGACUGCCAUUAACACGUUCUCUGACAGCCACACAGGUGUGUUAGCUAAUAUAGAAGGAGCUGUAAUGGAGGAUCAACACACUACAGUGUUUAAUUGGUGCAGCCAGCCAGCGAUCUAGCCCCAAAAUGGCCACUUCAUUGCUGACUCACUCACUCAUAAUCACAUCUGUUUCCAUUACAGCUUGCAAAACAUCCACCAGCACACAGCACCAACACAAAGGACUGACAAUUAAACCAACCAGUGUGUGUAUUAAUUGGAUAAUGGAGUGUUUUGCCACUCUACAAUUGGGCUCCUCUGCGUACAGAGUUCAAGCCCUGUGUGUGUGUGUGUGUGUGUGUGUGUGUGUGUGUGUGUGUGUGUGUGUAUGUAACUCACACACUCUGGCUCCAAAAGUAGCUAUAGCGUAGCUCUCAUUUCCCAGGCAGGUGGGAACUCAUUCAGUCACACUCACAUGUCAGUGACUGCAUCCCAAAUGUCACCCUAUACCCUUCAUAGUGCCCUACUUAUGACCAGGGCACUGGUCGAAAGUAGUGCACUAUGUAGGGAAUAGGGUGACAUUUGGGUCACAGGCAGUGUCUGUCAGGCUGGGGCUAUACACAGCGUGGUGCUGUUUGCUCUGCUAUAGAAGGAGGGGGAAAUUGCUCAGCAGAGUCCUAUUUGGGAAAUCGUUGGAGGGUAUUUGUGGUUCUGAUUGUUAUCUACUCCUUUCUGUGUGAUUCUCUGAGCGGCAACGCUGAAUAUACGGCAGUACUGAAAAUACGUCCAGAAUUAGCCACCUUCAUCUUUAGAAUGGAGCAAUAAUAGUGGUAUGAUCAGCGCUGUUUGAGACUUGUUGAUAGUAACAACAUCUGCACAUUUAUUCGCUUGUUGAAAUUGACAACUUGAUGAGCUUUUUGCUAGAAUGUAGCAUUGCCAAGAGUGAAGGAAGUGUCAAACAGAGAGAGCUAUCAGAUCACAAUAAUGUUGCAAUAUCUUUCCCACCUGCUGUCAGUAUAUUAAUGCAACAGUACUCUGUACCACUCUGAAAUGAUUGUACAUGGUCGCUAACAAUGAUAACUGGUACUGUCACAGUCUCUAACCCUCCUUCCUCCUCUCCUCUUGGUCUCCUCAGAAGAUCCUGGGGGAGUCUGUGGGGAGCACCAGUCUGCCCCAGGACCCUCGCUCUGCCCUGUCCCCUCACACCGGCAGCCUGCUGGGCCAGCUGGAGGGCAGGAUCAAGGAUCUGAAGGUGUGGCUGAGAGACACAGAGCUGUUCAUCUUCAACUCCUGUCUGAGGCAGGACACAGAGCAGGACCUGCAGGCCUCCACCCAGCUGCAGCACUUCAAGGUAGAGACUGAGCACUGCACGCACACACGCACACACGCACACGCACACACGCACACACACACACACACACACACACACACACACACACACACACACACACACACACACACACACACACACACACACAUCCAGAGUAGAUGAAGGCCCCCUGGGCAUAACACUGUCAUAACACUACUAGUGAUCUGGGUCUAACUGUCACCUGGUCUGGGCUGUAGGGACAGCUACUUUAGAAAGACACUGACUACUAGGGCAGGGGUCUUCAACCUUUUCUUGCCCAGGGACCCCCAUCAUGUGUCAGCUCAAAAAAAAAAUCCUCGUCCUGUCUUGUCAUCAGGUGAAUGAUAAUGGCAAGGAGAAGUAAUCAGCAUUUUAAAAUGAAUUUGGUAGAUAGUGUUUCAUUAUUUUGCCUUCCCCACAUUAUACUGGGAAGAGGAAGUGUAAGAUCGAAUAUAGCUAUCUAUUAGCUAGAAAGGUACUGUAUAUCCAAACACCUGUUGACUAAUACAGCUGUUGAGCUGGUUAAACAAAGGUUAACCAUGUGUUGAUGUGACCGGUGGAGAUUGCCUUACAAAUGAUCGGCUUACAAAUGACCAAAGGAUCAGGAUUGGUGUUGAUCUUUUCUUCUCUGAUAAUGACAGGAAAAACGUCCAUAAACAAAUGCUGUGCUGUCCUUAUACGCCAACUCCUCUCUUCCACAUGGGUACAGUAGACAGGGCCAAUAUAACAAUACUCUUGUUUCAUAUAAAAGUACAAUACAAGGUAAAUGCAAUGUACAGUUUGAAAAAUGGGCCCAGGCUAGCCAACUUUCUCAAUGACAGCCAGGCGUUAUGUACAGUGACGUGAUGUGUCCUUGAGAAGAGCUAACAGUCAGCUAAAUAUCGGCCAAAUAUCUUAACCAACAAAAAUGCAUUGCAUACCUGAAAAUGCUGUGCUGCCCUUAUACGCCAACUCCUCUGAGAAGUUCAAAUUAACAACGAAAGGGGACAUGAAUAGCCAUGCCAGCCCAAUGACGACAUGUACAGAGAAAAGUACAGUAACUAGCUAGCAUGUAAAGCAUUCACAAAUCAACAGAUAAAAAGUUCAUAGAUGACUGAUGUGCAUACAUAUCACAAUAGAAUGGUGGGAGACCAUUAGAAUACACUGUCAGUGACCAUAUAAACUCAUUAGAAGUAUUUUAACGUAUAGGAUUGAUAAUGAUUUUCAUGGGACAAUUUUACAGUAACCUACCUCUUCCACAUUGAUACAUUAGACAGGGAAGAGGUAAGGGAGGGCAUGGGAUGUUUAUGAGGGAGAAUACAGAAGGAGAAGGUAGUGUGCGACAUUAAAAAGGGCACUUAAAACAACAAAAGGAAUGUACACUAAUAUCAGGCAUGGGAACAAUUCCGAUUUUGCGUAAUUAUAUUACAUGAAAUUCAACACUUGUUACAUUGGCAAAACCUAAUGUCUAAGUCGAGAAAGCUUACCAGCAGCCAGUGGCGCUUGCCGCGACGGGUACUUGCGGGUGCUUUUUCAAAGACUAUGUCAGAUACUCCAGUGAGUGUAAUCUCUCUGUACUUUGGUCCGUUCAUCUUUCCCUCUAUCCUGACAAGUCUCCCAGUCCCUGCCGCUGAAAAACAUCCCCACAGCAUGAUGCUGCCACCACCAUGCUUCACCAUUUCCUCUAGACGUGGCGCUUGGCAUUCAGGCCAAAGAGUUCAAUCUUGGUUUCAUCAGACCAGAGAAUAUUGUUUCUCAUGGUCUGAGUCUUUUAGGUGCCUUUUGGUAAACUCCAAGCGGGCUGUCAUGUGCCUUUUUACUGAGGAGUGGCUUCCGUCUGGCCACUCUACCAUAAAGGCCUGAUUGGUGGAGUGCUGCAGAGAUGGUUGUCCUUCUGGAAGGUUCUCCCAUCUCCACAGAGGAACUCUGGAGCUCUGUCAGAGUGACCAUUGGGUUCUUGGUCACCUUCCUGACCAAGGCCCUCUCCCACGAUUGCUCAAUUUGGCCGGGCAGCCAGCUCUAGGAAGAGUAUUGGUGGUUCCAAACUUCUUCCAUUUAAGAAUGAUGGAGGCCACUGUAUUCUUGGGGACCUUCAAUGCUGCAGAAAGUUUUUGGUACCCUUCCCCAGAUCUGUGCCUCGACACAAUCCUGUCUCAGAGCACUACGGACAAUUCCUUCGACCUCAUGGCUAGGUUUUUGCUCUGACAUGCACUGUCAACUGUGGGACAUUAUAUAGACAGGUGUGUCCUUUUUUUCAAAUCAUGUCCAAUCAAUGGAAUUUACCACAGGUGGACUCCAAUCUAUAAGGGAUCGGGGUUUGGCUGGAUCUAGAUAGAGUCUGACACUUCCCCGGGGUUUGGCUGGAUCUAGAUAGAGUCUGACACUUCCCCGAUCUACAGAGAGGGGGAGUCAUCAGACUCGAUCUGUUUCACCUGAGUUCUGAGCACACCUGUCAGUAAUUAGAGUAGGAUAUAAGGUGUGCUCAGAAGUUCAGUCAGUGCGAGGUAUUGUUCCUUUGUGACUUGCUAAGCGUUUUGUUCAGAGAGAGAGAGAGUUUGUUUUUGAUUACCAGUGUACCAGACCUGUGCUUCGUUGUUUGACUCCCCGAAUUGCUUAAUCCUCUGCUUGUCUAUCCCAGUGAUUACCGUACUCUGAACCUGUGCCCGUGCCCUCGACUACGACUACGCCCGCUCCCUUGGUACCUCUGCCUGUCUCUGCCUUGCCCGGUUUUGACCACAGCUCGCCAGACCACGAUUAAGCUAUUUCCUUGUCUGGACUCUAAUAAAGCAUCGCAAUUCUGCGAUUGGAUCUUACCACUCUGUCCGAGUAUUCAUUACACAAUCAAGUUGUAGAAACAUCUCAAGGAUGAUCCAUGGAAACAGGAUGCACCUGAGCUCAAUUUCGAGUCUCAUAGCAAAGGGUCUGAAUACUUAUGUAAAUAAGGUAUAUCUGUUUUGCAAACAUUUCUAAAUAAUUGUUUUCGCUUUCCCAUUAUGGGAUAUUGUGUGUAGAUUGAUGAGGGAAAAAAGUUAUUUAAUCAAUUUUAAAAUAAGGCUGUAAUGUAACAAAAUGUGGAAAAAGUCAAGGGGUCUGAAUACUUUCCGAAUGCACUGUGUAUAUGGUAUAAUUUCUUUCCGCAGACCACCUGCACUAGAGGUCCACGAACCCCAGGUUGAAUAUCCCUGUACUAGAGUCCUAGGGACUCUGAGGACUGCUACUGUAGGUAUGAAGAAUGAAGGUGGGAAUGAUCAUAUAUCAUAUAUCAGCACAUAUCAAGGAAACACAAGGGCGUUGGGCCACCACGAGCCACCAGAACAGCUUCAAUGCGCCUUGGCAUAGAUUCUACAAGUGUCUGGAACUCAAUUUUUUUUAACCAGGUAAGCCAGUUGAGAACAAGUUCUCAUUUACAACUGCGACCUGGCCAAGACAAAGCAAAGCAGUGCGAUAAAAAACAACAACACAGAGUUACAUAUGGGGUAAACAAAACAUAAAGUCAAAAAUACAACAGAAAAUAUAUAUACAGUGUGUGCAAAUGUAGCAAGUUAUGGAGGUAAGGCAAUAAAUAGGCCAUAGUGCAAAAUAAUUACAAUUUAGUAUUAACACUGGAAUGAUAGAUGUGCAAGAGAUGAUGUGCAAAUAGAGAUACUGGGGUGCAAAUGAGAAAAAUUAUUUGCCUAGUAGUGAUUUAUAGAUGACCUGGAGCCAGUGGGUUUGGCGACGAAUAUGUAGUGAGGACCAACUAACAAGAGCGUACAGUUCACAGUGGUGGGUAGUAUAUGGGGCUUUGGUGAAAAAACGGAUGGCACUGUGAUAGACUACAUACAAUUUGCUGAGUAGAGUGUUGGAGGCUAUUUUGUAAAUGACAUCGCCGAAGUCAAGGAUCGGUAGGAUAAUCAGUUUAACGAGGGCAUGUUUGGCAGCAUGAGUGAAGGAGGCUUUGUUGCGAAAUAAGAAGCAGAUUCUAGAUUUAACUUUGGAUUGGAGAUGCUUAAUGUGAGUCUGGAAGGAUAGUUUACAGUCUAACCAGACACCUAGGUAUUUGUAGUGUCCACAUACUCUAGGUCAGACCCGCCGAGAGUAGUGAUUCUAGUCGGGUGGGCGGGUGCCAGCAGCGUUCGAUUGAAGGGCAUGCAUUUAGUUUAACUAGUGUUUAAGAGCAGUUGGAGGCUACGGAAGGAGUGUUGUAUGGCAUUGAAGCUCGUUUGGAGGUUUGUUAACACAGUGUCCAAUGAAGGGCCAGAUGUAUACAAAAUGGUGUCGUCUGCGUAGAGGUGGAUCUGAGAGUCACCAGCAGCAAGAGCGACAUCAUUGAUAUACACAGAGAAAAGAGUCGGCCCAAGAAUUGAACCCUGUGGCACCCCCAUAGAGACUGCCAUAGGUCCAGACAACAGGCCCUCCGAUUUGACACAUUGAACUCUAUCUGAGAAGUAGUUGGUGAACCAGGCGAGGCAGUCAUUUGAGAAACCAAGGCUAUUUAGUCUGCCAAUAAGAAUGCGGUGGUUGACAGAGUCGAAAGCCUUGGCCAGGUCGAUGAAGACGGCUGCACAGUACUGUCUAUUAUCGAUCGCGGUUAUAAUAUCGUUUAGGACCUUGAGCAUGGCUGAGGUGCACCCAUGGCCAGCUUGGAAACCAGAUUGCAUAGCGGAGAAGGUACGGUGGGAUUCGAAAUGGUCGGUGAUCUGUUUGUUAACUUGGCUUUCAAAAACUUUCGAAAGGCAGGGCAGGAUGGAUAUAGGUCUGUAACAGUUUAGAUCUAGAGUGUCACCCCCUUUGAAGAGGGGGAUGACCGCGGCAGCUUUCCAAUCUCUGGGGAUCUCAGACGUUACGAAAGAGAGGUUGAACAGGCUAGUAAUAGGGGUUGCGACAAUUUCGGCUGCUAAUUUUAGAAAGAAAGGAUCCAGAUUGUCUAGCCCAGAUGAUUUGUAGGGGUCCAGAUUUUGCAGCUCUUUCAGAACAUCAGCUGUCUGAAUUUAUGUGAAUGAGAAGGGGAGGGGGGGGGGGCAUGGGCAAGUUGCAGCGGAGGGUGCAGAGCUGGUGGCCGGGGUAGUGGUAGCCAGGUGGAAAGCAUGGCCAGCCGUAGCAAAAUGCUUGUUGAAAUUCUCGAUUAUUGUAGAUUUAUUGGUGGUGAUAGUGUUUCCUAGCCUCAGUGCAGUGGGCAGUUAUGAGGAGGUGCUCUUAUUCUCCAUGGACUUUACAGUGUCCCAAAAGUUUUUGGAGUUAGUGCUACAGGAUGUACAUUUCUGUUUGAAAAAGCUAGCCUUUGCUUUCCUACCUGCUUGUGUAUAUUGGUUCCUAACUUCCCUGAAAAGUUGCAUAUCGCGCGGGCUAUUCGAUGCUAAUGCAGUACGCCACAGGAUGUUUUUGUGCUGGUCAAGGGCAGUCAAGUCUGAGGAGAACCAGGAGCUAUAUCUGUUCUUAGUUCUGAAUUUUUUGAAUGGGACAUGCUUAUUUAAGAUUGAGAGGAAAGCACUUUUAAACAACAAUCAGGCAUCCUCUACUGACGGAAUGAGAUCGAUAUCCAUCCAGGAUACCUGGGCCAGGUCAAUUAGGAAGGCCUGCUUGCUAAAGUGUUUUAGGGAGCGUUUGACAGUGAUGAGGGGUGGUCGUUUGACCGCAGACCCGUUACGGACGCAGGCAAUAAGGCAGUGAUCGCUGAGAUCCUGGUUGAAGACAGCGGAGGUGUAUUUAGAGGGUAAGUUAGUCAGGAUGAUAUCUAUGAGGGUGCCCAUGUUUACGGAUUUAGGGUUGUACCUGGUAGGUUCCUUGAUAAUUUGUGUGAGAUUGAGGGCAUCUAGUUUGGAUUGUAGGAUGGCCGGGGUGUGAAGCAUAUCCCAGUUUAGGUCACCAAGCAGUACGAACUCUGAGGAUAGAAGGGGGGCAAUCAAUUCACAUAUGGUGUCCAGGGCACAGCUGGGGGCUGAGGGGGGUCUGUAGCAAGCGGCAACAGUGAGAGACUUAUUUCUGGAAAGGUGGAUUUUUAGAAGUAGGAGAUCAAACUGUUUGGGCACAGACCUGGAUAGUAUGAUAGAGCUCUGCAGGCUAUCUCUACAGUAGAUUGCAACUCCACCCCCUUUGGCAGUUCUAUCUAGACGGAAAAUGUUGUAGUUGGGGAUAGAAAUGUCUGAAUUUUUGGUGGCCUUCCUAAGCCAGGAUUCAGACACUGCUAGAACAUCAGGGUUGGCGGAGUGUGCUAAUGCAGUGAAUAACUCAAACUUAGGAAGGAGGCUUCUGAUGUUAACAUGCAAAAAGCCAAGGCUUUUACGGUUACAUAAGUCAAUAAAUGAUAGUGCCUGGGGAGAAGGAGUGAUACUGGGGGCUGCAGGGCCUGGGUUAACCUCUAAAUCACCAGAGGAACAGAGGAACAGAGGAGGACUUUAGGCUUUAAGAACUGGUCUUCUAGUGUGUUGGGUACAGAGAAUAAAGGGGGCAGAUUUCCGGGCGUUGUAGAAUAGAUUCAGGGCAUUAUGUACAGACAAGGAUAUGGAAUGAUAUGAGUACAGUGGAUGUAAACCUAAGCGUUGGGUAACAAUGAAAGAGAUAGCAUCACUGGAGGCACCGAUUGAGCUGGUCUCCGUGUGUAUGGGGGGUGGAACAAAGGAGCUAUUUGAGGCAGUUUGAGAGGGACUUGGGGCUCUAUAGUGAAAUUGUAUAAUAAGAACUAACUGGAACGGCAAUAGGCAAGGCAUAUUGACAUGGGAGAGAGGCAUAAAGCAAUCACAGGUGUUAUUUGAGAGAGCUAAGACAACAACUGGUAAUGGCGAUGAAAGUUUGGGCUGAGGCUAAACAGAUAAAACAGGACAGGGUACCGUGUAAAGGAACAGUCCAGCAGGCAUCAGCUGUACAGCUGAGUGAUCAUAAGGUCCAGUGAACAGCAAUGUGAGUCCGAGAGCAGUUCGAAUUGGUGCUACAGCACAGGCGAUCAGGAAGCACGGCUGUUGAAUUGCGUAUGCUAACGGGCCGGGGCUAGCAGAUGGAUCUUCGUGGUCUUCGCAACGGGAAGCCUGUUGAAACCACAGACGGCAGACCAGUCGUGAUGGAUCGGCGGGGCUCCGUGUCGACACUAGGAGGUCCCGUCCGGUUGACAGAGAGGUAGAUAGCCAGGAGAUGUGCCUGACUCGAGGCUAGCUCAAGGCUGAUUAGCUAACCACAACAUCCAUUCGGUUGCAGCUAGCUAGUUGCGAUGAUCCGGUGUUAAAGGUCCAGUGAUUCAGUGAUUCCGGCAGAAAAUCCGAUAUGUUUUGGGUCGAUAAAGCGCUGUGCAGACAGUGCAGACUGGCCGAUAAUAGUCCAGGCCAGAGCUGGCUGGUAGGUAGUGCAGGCCACGGACAAUGGUGGAAAAAAAACGCUAACGGUGGCUAAUAGCAAGUAGCUAGUUAGCUGGCUACUCCCAUCCGGUAGACAGAGAGGUAGAUAGCCGGGAUAUGGGCCUGGCUCGAGGCUAGCUCAAGGCUAACUGGUGCUUGAUUCGGGGGCAGUGGUGAUUAGUCAACAGCAACAUCCAUUCGGUUGCGGCUAGCUGGUUGCGAUCCAGUGUUAAGGUCCAGUGAUUCAGUUAUUCCGGCAGAAAAUCCGAUGUUCUGGGUGAAAACCGCUAACGGUGGCUAAUAGCAAGUAGCUAGUUAGCUGGCUAGCUAGUUUCAACUGGAGAUUCUAGAUAAAAAGGUAAGUAAAUAAUAGAAUCCGUUCCACAUUGAGUGAGGCGGGUUGUAGGAAAGUAUAUUUAGUAGAAGAAUGAAAAGUGUGAUAGGGGAAUAUAUACAACAAAAUACAAAAAAAUGAGAAAAACAGGCUAUUUAUAAUAAUAAUAAUAUGCCAUUUAGCAGACGCUUUUAUCCAAAGCGACUUACAGUCAUGCGUGCAUACAUUUUAUUUUUAUUGUGUAUGGGUGGUCCCGGGGAUCGAACCCACUACCUUGGCGUUACAAGCGCCGUGCUCUACCAGCUGAGCUACAGAGGACACACAAAAGUACACGACCGCACUGCUACGCCAUCUUGGAAUAACUAUAUAACGAUUGGAGGGAUGCGAUACCAUUCUUCCACAAGAAAUUCCAUCACACACACACACACCCUUUAAACCCCCUAUGCUUCUUUGAGACCCCUCUUUCAAAGUCAAUGAGAUCUCUUCUUCUAGCCAUGGUAGCCAAAAUAAUGGGCAACUGAGCAUUUUUAUAUAUGACCUUAAGUAUAAUGGGUGUUAAUUGUUUAAUUAAAGAUGUUCUCUGGUAUAUUGUAUACUUUUUAGCCAGUAGUUCUGAAUGUAGCAUCCACGAGCCAAAAGUGGUCCCUGAAAAUUACGUACUACGUCACAAAUGUGCAGAUAUGUACACCACAUCAUUGCCCUCUCUCUUGCUCAACUGUGUGUGCGUCUUGCUAGCUGUCACUUAAAUAAUGUGGGGCUGAAGCUCAUUAGCUGAAACUCGAAUUGCUAGGCGUCUGACCCAGGUGUCUGGGGGUAAAUCUAGGUAAAAUGGCGCCGCACAGCUUCCAGAAAACAGUCGCUUUCAAACUAGGGAUUUUGUGGCUAAUUGAGGUAAAACAGUAAUUCUGCUCAUAGAUUUUGCAUGUAUGAACUACACAUUGACACGUCCAGCCCAAAGCGGGAGGUUUAAAAAAAAAUACUUUCUUAGUCGCUAAAGAACCAGAGCAUGUCUUUAACUCAGGAACCACACCUGUGUGUAAGCACCUGUUUUCAGUAUACUUAUCUCUAAUUUACUCAAGUGUUUCCUUUAUUUUGGGAGUUUGUACUUAGUGUCAAAUACUCUGAAACAGGCAGCUUUGAGUGUCUGGUUUUCAAUUCAAGUACACUAAUACUGUAUAUAUAUUUGUAAUUAAAUGAAUGCUUGAGAAAAGAAAAUAAAGCUAUUUUGACGGAAGCAAAUCUAUAGGAAACUAUUAUUUGACUUAAAAAGCUUGAGGAACAACACAGGAUAUUAAUCAAGCCGUGUCACAACACAGGUAGUGGAGUUGAGAUUGCUUUCAUCACGCUGAGUGACUACUAGCGAUAGAGGGAAGAAACCUUAAAUAUAUACAGAGUCAACGCUGAGAGAAAUAACACUUUAUAAAAGAAGACUUUUCUUUUGAUAAGAUGUCACUGCACAGAGGGGAAGCAUUGAUUUCUUGAGAAAACGCCUGGGGAAAAAAGAUUAGAAAUAUUGAUAACUGCAAUGUGUAUGGACAGAGAAGCCAUGGCAAUAAAUAGAAAAAGAGAUACAAAUAUAAAAUAAAAAGUGAAAGAGGACCAUUUAAUGAUCAUCUAUCUGUUUUGGGCUAUUCUGCUGUAAAUUGAUUCAAUAUCCAGACUUGGCCCCAUUACAGUUGGGCUGAACACAUCUCAGCAGGAGGCAGAGCUCAGUCAGUCAGGUACAUACAGUUCAGUUCUGUAGUUCUCUAGACUAGAGGCUCAGUCAGUCAGGUACAUUCAGUUCUGUAGUUCUCUAGACUAGAGGCUCAGUCAGUCAGAUACAUACAGUUCAGUUCUGUAGUUCUCUAGACUAGAGGCUCAGUCAGUCAGGUACAUACAGUUCAGUUCUGUAGUUCUCUAGACUAGAGGCUCAGUCAGUCAGGUACAUACAGUUCAGUUCUGUAGUUCUCUAGACUAGAGGCUCAGUCAGUCAGGUACAUACAGUUCAGUUCUGUAGUUCUCUAGACUAGAGGCUCAGUCAGUCAGGUACAUACAGUUCAGUUCUGUAGUUCUCUAGACUAGAGGCUCAGUCAGUCAGGUACAUUCAGUUCUGUAGUUCUCUAGACUAGAGGCUCAGUCAGUCAGGUACAUACAGUUCAGUUCUGUAGUUUUCUAGACUAGACUAUUCUAGACCCAUGGUAAGGAUCUGUGGUGUGUGCUGGGAACAAUACCAGGACACUGAACAGUGUACAGUAUAUACAGUUGAAGUCGGAAGUUUACAUACACUUAGGUUGGAGUCAUUAAAAUUCUUUUUUUCAACCACUCCACAAAUUUCUUGUUAACAAACUAUAGUUUUGGCAAGUCGGUUAGGACAUCUACUUUGUGCAUAACACAAGUAAUUUUUCCAACAAUUGUUUACAGACAGAUUAUUUCACUUAUAAUUCACUGUAUCACAAUUCCAGUGGGUCAGAAGUUUACAUACACUAAGUUGACUGUGCCUUUAAACAGCUUGGAAAAUUCCAGAAAAUGAUGUCACGGCUUUAGAAGUUUCUGAUAGGCUAAUUGACAUUAUUUGAGUCAAUUGGAGGUGUACCUGUGGAUGUAUUUCAAGGCCUACCUUCAAACUCAGUGCCUCUUUGCUUGACAUCAUGGGAAAAUCAAAAGAAAUCAGCCAAGACCUCAGAAAAAAAGUUGUAGACCUCCACAAGUCUGGUUCAUCCUUAGGAGCAAUUUCCAAACGCUUGAAGGUACCACGUUCAUCUGUACAAACAAUAGUAUGCAAGUAUAAACACCAUGGGACCACGCAGCCGUCAUACCGCUCAGGAAGGAGACGCGUUCUGUCUCCUAGAGAUGAACGUACUUUGGUGCGAAAAGUGCAAAUCAAUCCCAGAACAACAGCAAAGGACCUUGUGAAGAUGCUGGAGGAAACAGGUACAAAAGUAUCUAUAUCCACAGUAAAAUUAGUCCUAUGUCAACAUAACCUGAAAUUCCGCUCAGCAAGGAAGAAGCCACUGCUCCAAAACUGCCAUAAAAAAGCCAGACUAUGGUUUGCAACUGCACAUGGGGAAAAAUAUCGUACUUUUUGGAGAAAUGUCCUCUGGUCUGAUGAAACAAAAAUAGAACUGUUUGGCCAUAAUGACCAUCGUUAUGUUUGGAGGAAAAAGGGGGUUCUUGCAAACCGAAGCACACCAUCCCAACCGUGAAGCAUGGUGGGUGUGCUUUGCUGCAGGAGGGACUGGUGCACUUCACAAAAUAGAUGGCAUCAUGAGGAAGGAAAAUUAUGUGGAUAUAUACAUCUCAAGACAUCAGUCAGGAAGUUAAAGCUUGGUUGCAAAUGGGUCUUCCAAAUGGACAAUGACCCCAAGCAUACUUCCAAAGUUGUGACAAAAUGGCUUAAGGACAACAAAGUCAAGGUAUUGGCCAUCACAAAGCCCUGACCUCAAUCCUAUAGAAAAUUUGUGGGCAGAACUGAAAAAGCGUGUGCGAGCAAGGAGGCCUACAAACCAGACUCAGUUACACUAGCUCUGUCAGGAGGAAUGGGCCAAAAUUCACCCAACUUAUUGUGGGAAGCUUGUGGAAGGCUACCCGAAACAUUUGACCCAAGUUAAACAAUUUAAAGGUAAUGCUACCAAAUACUAAUUGAGUGUAUGUAAACUUCUGACCCAGUGGGAAUGUGAUUAAAUAAAUAAAAGCUUAAAUAAAUCAUUCUCUCUACUAUUAUUCUGACAUUUCACAUUCUUAAAAUGAAGUGGUGAUCCUAACUGACCUAAGACAGGGAAUUUUUACUAGGAUUAAAUGUCAGGAAUUGUGAAAAACUGAGUUUAAAUGUAUUUGGCUAAGGUGUAUGUAAACUUCAGAUGAAACUGUAUUUCAAAAUCAUAAUUUUUUUGUGUGAUUAUACUUAUUUGUUUUUCAAAACACAGAAGACCGAAAACAAUAUUAUGGUACAAUUUGAACCUGAAUAUCAUUCUAAUGAUUUAAGAGCAAUACUCGGUUGGAAUAUGGCGAAUGUCAACCCGAAUAACACAUGAGCUGGUCCCCAUGUCUGAUGCAGUGCUGUCCAAAAUACAGUAUUACUCCAUUCAGGAUCUUUACCUAAAUAUCCUCUAGUAGAGUUUCUUCUGGGUGCAAAGCAUUAACCAUCUCCCAUCUAAUCUUCAUAACAGGAUUACCGCCACACUUAAAAACCAAUGCACCCAACUAAAACACUUAAACACAUCCAACUAGCAGUGGAUCCCACUUUAUACCCUCCUCCAUAAAAAGAUAGCUAAUACCUUAUGAAUAACACCCAUUCAUCCCAACUAAUGUGAGAAAGCAAACAAAUAACCUCAACAUGAUAAUAAUGCUAUCCAUAAGGGUAUUAGUGAGAGACUGUCAAUGUAAUAGGAGCAUUAACCAUCUCCCAUCUAAUCUUCAUAACAGGAUUACCGCCACACUUAAAAACCAACGCACCCAACUAAAACACUUAAACACAUCCAACUACCAGUGGAUCCCACUUUAUACCCUCCUCCAUAAAAAGAUAGCUAAUACCUUAUGAAUAACACCCAUUCAUCCCAACUAAUGUGAGAAAGCAAACAAAUAACCUCAACAUGAUAAUAAUGCUAUCCAUAAGGGUAUUAGUGAGAGACUGUCAAUGUAAUAGGAGCUAUUCAAACUCGUCAGACAUCAGAGGUAUGAUCAAAACUAAAAAUGUUGGGUGGGUCUGGCCGGUGUGUGUGUCCAGUAAUGAGUGUGUCGGUCCUGCGCCUGUCACCUGUCUGCUCCCCAUUAACGCCUGAUGAGGAUCUAACGCUGCGUUUGGCUCUUCUCUCACAUGUGAAACUACGUACUCAGACAGCCCCUCUAAUGUGGUUAGCACUUGGCAAAGAACAGGAGUUCUUUAUUCCUAAUCAUGGAGAAAGUAUUGAUAUUAUAUCUGGGCUGUCAUAUUUUAUUAGCUGGACGCCGGCUACAGUAGCCUAGCCUAACCUAGCGGCUCAGACUGGGGGCUGUGCUGUAGGGAGGAGGUCAGUCAGAGAGAGGGGGUUGAGGUGUGUAGAUGGACCCAGACCAGGCAGGGAGAUGAGAAGAGAUUGGGCCUGACCCCCCAGGUGAGAUCCCGGCCCCACGUUGGCUUCUAGAUCAAAAAACGAGGUAGAAACUGACGUUAGAGCUGAUAUCUCUAAAUCUAUGGUGGCAUCUCACUGCUCUCAGAGUGUGGAGGAGAUAGGGGGAGGUCACUGCAGUCAGUCCAACAGAGAAAAAAACUCCACUUUGAACAAGUCGGUAAUCCAUUUCUCGAGUAGAAAAAUACUAAAAAUAGAAAUGGGGUUCUGUUGAGAAUUAAUAAAUGGGAAUGUUUGAUUCUUGCUUCACGAGCCAAAGUUUGACCUCAAUGAAAAUUGGGGCUUCUUACGGGGAGAGAUUAAAAUGAAUUAGCUCUCUUUGCUUGAGAUGGUAGGAGGGAGAAAUUCAAUGUGAGCAGGAGGAGAUCAUUGUGAAAUAGAACACUCUACGUCUUCCUCAGUGACAUAUUAUCAAUCUAAUCCUUUUUUUAAACAUUUCGUAUUACAACAGAUUAUGGGGGAGGAGGUUUGGUUUGUGGACAAAAUACUAAUUCCUUAAUGCCAAAGCUUGGCAUGUAAUCUGUGGGAAUGUUUUCUAACUAAUAGGCUAUGUUUAACCUUCAAAAAGAAGCAAUAUGUUUGAGAGACAGAAAGUGGUGGGAGAAAGGUAUUAUUAAAUGGAAGCUGUGACUAAAUUGAACUGUCUGGCCCCCCAGAGCAGUCCGAACACAAUAGAGCCUAAUUUUAGAUGUAAUCCCCCUCUGGGAAGUCUGGGAUACCAUAUCUUAAAAGCCUUUUUAAUUCAAUUAAACUGGGGUUAUAGUAUGUCUACAUUAUGAAGACAUCUUCUACUGGUUUCUCAUUAAUGCUGCUGUAUGUAUGUUGACAGUGGAAGGAAAGGCUUGAUGUUGGGAUGCUGUGCGCUAAACUACUGUGUUUUGGCUCGCUGGUCAGUCCUGUUUGGUUUGCUUGCAUUGAAGCAUCUUCAAUUCAACUUGAGCAUGAGGUCUCGCCUUCCUACACCAUCUUCAACCACACUAACAACAAGGGUAUUUUGAUGAUAUAGUGGCUAUGCUGUUAUGCUUACUGAAUUGAGAUUCCAUGUCAAUAUAAAAUAGUGCUUGUUAUAACAAGAAACCUCCACACUUAUAGGAUACAAUGAACAUUCCAAUGAUCUAUUAUUGUAGCUUUUAGCCAACAAUUUACAUCAGAACAUUUAGAUAGGAAUCAACAGGGGAUUUUAAAAUGACAGUAAUUUUUGUAUUUAUUAAGGCAGCAGCUACUCUUAUUAGGCAGCAGCUACUCUUCCUGGGGUCCAAACAAGAUUAAGGCAGUUACAUCAAAAAAUGGUUUCAAUAAAACAGUACAUAAUACAACACAUUAUUACACCACUACUCUACCACUACAUAUCUACAAUAUAACAUGUAUAAUACCACAAUGUAACAAUAUUACAUUACAAUGUACAGUACGUGUGUGUAGAGUGCGUGUGUGCGUAUGCGUGUUUGUGUUAGCAUGUGUCUCUUCACAGUCUGCAUUGUACCAUAAGGUGUAGAUUUAUCUGUUUUUUAUCUUGAUUUUACUGCUUCCUUGAGUUACUUGAUGUGGAAUAGAGUUCCAUGUAGUCAUGGCUCUGUGUAGUACUGUGCGUUUUCCAGUCUGUUCUGGACAUGGGGACUGUGAAGAGACCCCUGGUGGCAUGUCUUGUGGGGUGUGCAUGGGUUUCUGAGCUGUGUGCUAGUCAUUUGAACAGACAGCGCAGUGCUUUCAGCAUGUCAAUACCUCUAACAAAGACAAGUAGUGAUGCAGUCAAUCUCUCCUCUACUUAGAGCCAGGUGAGAUUGACAUGCAUGUUAUUGAUGUUAGCUCUCCAAGUACAUUUAAGGGCCAGGCAUGCUGCUUUGUUCUGGGCCAACUGUAAUUUGCCUAUGUCCCUCUUUGUGGCACUUGACCAUAUGAUUGGGCAGUAAUCCAGGUGCAAUAAAACUAGGGCCUGUAGGACUUGUUUUGUUGAUAGCAAUGUGAAGAAAGCAGAGCAGCGCUUUAUUACAGACAGACCUCUCCCCAUUUUAGCUACUGUUGCAUCAAUAUGCUUUGACCAUGACAGUUUACAAUCCAGGGUUACACCAAGCAGUUUAGUCUCCUCAAUUUGCUCAAUUUCCACAUGAUUCAUUACAAGAUUGAGUUGAGGUUUAGACAGCUGCCCUAGGGAAUGCCCAACUCUACCUGGAUUAUGUUGGAGAGGCUUCCAUUAAAGAACACCCUCUGUGUUCUGUUAGACAGGUAACUUUCGAUACAUGAUAUAGCAGAGGACGUAAAGCCAUAACACAUGUUUUUUUCAGCAGCAGACUAUGAUCGAUACUGUCCCACAAUUCUUAUUAUCAGUCAUUUGCCGUACAUGUUGAGUACCCUUCCCUAUAAGCGUGUUGAAAGUCAGUUGUAAUUUGUUUACGGUGAAAUAGCAUUGUAUCUGGUCUAACACUAUUUUUUCCAAAAGUUUACUACGGGUUGGUAGCAGGCUGAUUGGUUGGCUGUUUGAACCAGUAAAGGGUGCUUUGCUAUUCUUGGGUAGCGGAAUGACUUUUAUUUCCCUCCAGGCCUGAGGGUACACAGGUUCCUGUUAGCUUAGAUGUAUCUCGUUAUACAAGCCCCUAACUAUUUGUCAAUUACCCAAGCUAAUUAUCUGCCAGACACUCAGGUGUCUUCCUAGUGUUGUGUGUGUGUGUGUGAGAGAGAGAGAGAGAGAGAGAGAGAGAGAGAGAGAGAGAGAGAGAGAGAGAGAGAGAGAGAGAGAGAGAGAGAGAGAGAGAGAGAGAGAGAGAGAGGGGGGAUGGAGCUGGAGGCAGCGAGUCUAAACUAUGGGAAUAUGUAUGUGGAACAAGAAUUCAUUACACUCAUUUGAGAUAACAAGUGCUUGUGGUUUUAAUUGACUUAAUCAACAAAUAGAAUUAAUCAGAGAUUUCUAAUUAAUGGUAAUUGAUUGAAUAUCCACUGGGUCACUGUCAGAGUUAAAUCCCUGUUUCUGUUCCUUUCUACUGGAGGGCGUCUCGUCUGUUCUUGGCGUCUCCAUCUUGUCCGCAUGUAUUAAAAAUGGACAGACUGAGGAUAUAAAGGAUAGCAGGAGAUCUGUCGAUAUGUUAUUUUACAGAACAACAAACAACAUUCUGCGACAUACACUCUGAUCAAAACAACAAGAGAACACAAUGUCUCCGCUAGUCUUAUUGAACCGCUGUCUGUAAAAUGUUGCUAUUUUGAGGUCUCUUUAAAAGUGUUAUAAUGUCAUAUCAUGGAGUAAUACUUCUCUCUGAAAAUUCUAGUGGAUUUUAUUAAGGGAAAUGUAACCAAAAUCUCGCCCUUGAAGUUACAGUUGUAGGAUCUUAAUUUGACCAGUAUUUUCGCUGCAAAAUAAUCCUGCAGCAACAGGAUUUGAACGUUUAGUCCAUGGCAUUGCUUGAUCUGUGGUUAGGCUAUUAGCUGGCCAAAAUGAUCCUACAUGAAAAGUGUAAUACUGUUAAUAUAACCAUGUGUUAGUGCAGGUUUUCUGUGAAUGUAUGUAAAUCAUGAAGCUCAUCUGUAUUUCCUGCGGUGUAGGAAAAUUAUCAACAACAAAGUGAUCAAAUUAAGAUCAUACACCUGUAGUUGCAUAUACAGUAUGGUUUUAAUAUCACAGAUAGUCAAGUUCUCACAAGUUUUCACUAUGCACUAUAUCACCGUUUUUUAAAACUCAUGUAGGGCCGGUUUCCCAGACACAGAUUAAGCCUAGUCCAGGACUAAAUAGCACUCUCAGUGGAGAUUCUCCAUUGAAAUAACUUUUUAGUCCAGGACUAGGCUUAAUCUCUGUUUAAGCAACCAUCCCAUGUUGAGUGAUCAAAUUAAGAUCCUGCACCUCUACUGUAGACCUGCUUUUAUGUAAAGAGGAUGCAUGGAGAGACAGUAGAGAGAGAGAUGCAUACUUGGGAGGUCUCCAUUUGCCUGUGCUGUGAUUACUGUACCUGCUCUGAUAGGGCUGGGUCUGCAACCUGCUACAGCUUAAUACAGUACACAAGAUGGAUCAUGCCCAGUGAUAGAGUCCUGACUCCUGAGGAGGAUGUGAUGAGCUCUGAAUAGUCAUCUCUAAUAGUCAUUUCUAACAGCCUCUAUAUUGUGUUUCCAGCUCGACUGGGGCCGCAUAUUACCAGACAGUUGAUCAUAAGAUUCCUUUAUUAAAAACCAUCUGAUAAGUGUAGCUAUACCAUCUGUCCGUCUAUCUGUGGCUGUGGGCUUGACAGUUCAGUUCAUUUGAGAGAUGGCUGUUUUGUUUUUUGUUGUGUUUUUUUGGUUGGGCUUUCUGAUAUCUGGAUAAGGACAAUAGAGCUUCUUGGAGAGAGGCCAGCACUGACUGGUAGCCCUUCCCAACGCUCGGCCUGAAACGGACUCAUUGUAUGGUUCUCUCUCUGCAUACAGGGAGAAAGCAGACAGACCACUCCACUGCUCCAUGUAUUUGGAAAAGCUUUUUAGCAAAUAUUGGCAGACUAUACCCCUAGCCUCUAUGUCAAUAAGGCUAGGACUCAAUAGGGAGAAGAAAUCAGUUCAUGAAACCCAGCAAUGCAGAAAGAAUGAGGCCGGAGGAGUUUUGAAGAGGGAGUUUGAAAAUGUAAAAAGCUUGAUAUUCCAGUGCCCAUUUAGCAUGAUGCUAUUGGCCAUAGUUUUAGCUUUCUAAUCUAACAGUGUGGAGUAGUACUGUAGCUGAUACUGAUAUGAGAUGUAUUUACUUUUCUUGACUUACCUUUAGGUACAUAAGAACCAGUCUGAGAGAGAAAUAAGCAACUUUAGGAUCUACUUGUACCCAAUGCAAUGAGCCUGUAGUGUGUCUGAAUGUGUAUCCACAAUAUGGUUGUAUCUCAAAUGGCAGCAUGCGCCCUGGUCAAAAGUAAAGCACUGUAUAGGGAUUAGGGUGCCAUUUGGGACGCAGUUAAUGUGUGUAUUUUUCAGUCAUCUGUCAGUUGUUGAGGGCCACUGACUCUCUAAACCGAUGGCUGUUGUACUUUGUACAGGGUAACUUUAUCACUGACAACAACCAUCCCCCUUCCUCUCAGAACACAGCCAUUGCAUUUUGCAAUCACAUUACCUGUUUAAAAAGAACAGGGAGGCCUGUAAAUAUAUGCUAAAACGGGGUGGAAACUGCUGAGAAAAAUCCAAUUUAAAUGUAAUAGUGUUUAAUAUUUAUUGGGUAAUGUAAAGAAAAUGUAAGGGAAUGCUUUGCAGAGCAAGCAGGAUUUACAUAAAUUGUUCUCCCAAUGUUUUUGUCCUAUUGCACACAGACAGGAAGGAGCAUUGGUUCUCUAGUCACUAUGCCAUCGCUGCAUAUUUAAAAAGGGGGGUCUUGGCCUGGGCCACACACACACACACACACACACACACACACACACACACACACACACACACACACACACACACACACACACACACACACACACACACACACACACACACACACACACACACACACACUGGUGUUUCACUGUUUAAGAAGGUGUUAGUAUGUGUUGUGGUUGUUGCAGUUGCAUUACACGUGACCUCAUACCACCACACGCUGCAGCAGCUAGCGUAUUAAAGUUAAAGCAGCCUACAGUGGGGGCUUUGCCCUUUUAAUGUUGAAUAUUUCUCCUGUUUAUGGCAGGCAUAAAAGGGAGUAGGAGCCUGAUUUACAUACAAUCCUGACAGGGCAUAUUGUUGUGGGGACCUCAUCAGUGGCGUAGGGGGGUAGUCAGGGGCGUAGUGAGGGUAGUCCCUGGUCGACCCCUGAAGUGUGUCUGUGGAGGGAAAAGGAGAGUCUUGGGGUUGUGUCUCAAAUGGUACCCUAUUCCCUAUUUAGUACACCUCUUUGACCAGGUCCCAUAGGGCCCUGGGCAAAAGUAGUGCACUAUAUAGGGAAUAGGGUACCAUUUGGGACGCCGACAGGUUCUGGGUUGCAUUAAGCUACAUCUAAGCAAAACAGCAGCAGCAGUAGUAGGAGCAGUAGGGAAAAGAGGCUUUAAAGAGAAUAAUAAAAUGCUAAUUUUAAAAUCACACAUUUGUAGGCUUUACAGAGAGAGGAAAAAUAUACGAUAGCCAUGUUCAAUUAAGUUCAUUAGCAGGUUUUUGGCUGUUAAUGGUUUGACAGCUUCGUCUAACUCUUUGAACUAUAAAGACUCGUACACACAUGCUGGUAUUCAUGACUUCUUCUCCUGAGUCCCCCACUCCCCACCAUGGUGCCAAUUAAUAUGGUUACAAAGGCUACUGUAACUACUCUUAAAACCUACUGUACACUAUGGGAAGUUGUGAACAAUGGACUCUAAAGGAGUACUCAGAACUUUUUACAUUUUUAUGUUGACUUUCUCUCUCUCUCUCUUUCUCUCUUUUUCUCUCUCUCUCUCGCUCCCUCUCCUCCUCCUCUCUCCCUCUCCCCCUCCCCCCUCUCUCUGGCCCUCCCCUCUCUAGUCUCUGUGUCUGGAGGUGCGUGGAAGGCGUAAGGGUGUGUCCUCUGUACUGAGGUUGUGCCAGCGGCUGCAGGAGCAGCAGAGUGGUUUAGACUCAGACCAACAGGCCCUGCAGCUUCAGCUGCUCACUGUCAACCUGGAGCGCCGCUGGGAGGCCAUCGUCAUGCAGGUGCUGCAGUGGCAGACACGCCUCCGUAGGGCCCUGGGGACAGAUCAGGUGAGACCUCAGACAUGCCCUGCAUGGUACCAUACGGUUCUAAUACUGUUAAGAUACUGACCUGACACAAUGGGUGAAGCGAGUGGAACUCAAUAAUGGUAUUAGCAAUAUACAGUAUAUGCAAUAUAUACUGUACCUCUCAGACCAGAUGAGACCUCAGCCCAGCCUGGAUGGCACAAAUCGGUUCAUACAAGUCUGACUGUAAAGAUACCUAGACCAGGGAUGGGUGAUUCCAGUCCUCAAGGGACCUUGGGUGUCUGCUGCUUUUCUCACUUAAAUAUAAUAAUAUGAUAUGCCAUUUAGCAGACACUUUUAUCCAAAGCGACUUACAGUCAUUCGUGCAUACAUUUUUAUGUAUGGGUGGUCCCGGGGAUCGAACCCACUACCCUGGCAUUACAAGCGCCGUGCUCUACCAAUUGAGCUACACUUAAUUGCAGAAUUUACCACUUAUAUACAGCUGGUCACGUGAAUAUACUUUGUACACAGGGUGGCAGGUAGCCUAGUAACCGAAAGUUUGCUGGUUCGAAUCCCCGAGCUGACUAGGUGACAAAUAUGUAGAUGUGCCCUUGAGCAAGGCACUUAACCCUAAUUGCUCCUGUAAGUCGCUCUGAAUAAGAGCGUCGACUAAAAUGGACGUUUAUAUACUAGUAGCUAGCAAUACAUUCCGUUUCAGUCAUAAAGGUUCAGUUUAUGCCCUCUGAAGGAACUCCCCAACUCUAGAAUUAGCUAUUUAUGAGUUGUAUUAUUCCUCUCAAAGUGAGCUGUCCAGGAAUAAGUUAUUUAGGCCAGAUAAAUAGAAGGUAAUGCAGUGCCUGGUAAUAAAGUACUGCACUGUAACUAUAAUGGAGUAAUAAUAGUGAUGUAUACGGCAGGGAAAGUGGCUGUGGUACAUUUGGAUAUAUGGGCUACGUACCAAAUGGCACCCUUUUCCUAUAGUGAGCUACUUUUGACCAGGGCCCAUAGGAAUGGGGUGCUAUUUGGUACGCAGCCUUGGAUAUAUGAAAGGAGGGGGAUGGCGGCUGGUUGGAGAGGAUCCCUUCCCAUCUGACUGAACCCAGCACUGAACCCACUCCAUCAGCAGGUGGUGUUGCCAAAGAAUCAUUGACUGAUGUUAAUGUGUUAAGUUCACCAUAGAGGAUGGAAGUAGCUUGAUCUCAAGGCCUGCUGUACGUUCACAAUGCAACUCUGUAGCCAUUGACAACAUUAUAUAUACACCAACAUAAAGACUCUUAAUAGGGUGUUGGGCCACCACAAGCCACCAGAACAGCUUCACUGCGCCUUGGUAAAGAUUCUACAAGUGUCUGGAACUCUGUUGGAGGGAUGCGGCACCAUUCUUCCACUAGAAAUUCCAUCAUUUGGUGUUUUGUUGAUGGUGGUGGAAAACACUGUCUCAGGCGCCGCUCCAGAAUCUUCCACAAGUGUUCAAUUGGGUUGAGAUCUGGUGACGGAGACACAAAGUUGGAUUAGAGCGUCUGCUAAAUGACUAAAAAUGUAAAUGUAAAUAUCUGGCAGUGUGAGACUAUUCUAUACACAACCCCCAUUUUGUUCAUAAAUGUGUAAUGGCACAAGGCUCAGCUCCAAAUAUUGCAAAUAGAGGCUUGUUAAAAAGUGGUUUGAGUAGUAAAUGAGUAGUUGCUCUGCAAAGUACCUAUGUUUCCUUCAGUCUGUUUCUUUAAUGUGGAGAACAGAUGGAAUCGCCAUUAAAUCUGUAACUCAGUAAAAUGGCCGCCACAACCACCACCUCUUCUAUGUUCAUAUCUUCAUAGUCCAUAGUCUCUGUCUCUGUCCUCUCGUUUGCAUUCCUGGAGGACAGCAACGUGCUACUGCGGACCAGGGUAGGGGUUAAUUCAGUCAAUUCGGGAGGUGAAUUGAAGUACAUGAAUUAAAGUGUAUGAAUUCAAAAAUAUCCUUAGAAAACUAUCCCCAUAGAAAAUCCCCAUAGAAACCGAAAUGUAACGUUAUGAAUCACUACCUGGAAUUGACUGAAUUGAAAACUGAAUUGACUCCAUCCCUGCUGUGAUGGAAGCUCAAUCCUCAGCUGUGGUACAAAAGCCCAAUGCAGGCAGGGUUUUUGGGUUGGUUGGUUGUCCACUCUGUUAUAACCACUCCAGUGCAACAGGAAGGGAAGACAAAUAGCAAAGGCCACUAGAAAUCUGACCUUGUAGGCUGAAGUGCAAUUUCACCUGGACGAUGUGUCCAGAAUAGGGGAGAAACAUAAAACAUAUUCGCUGGGUUUGUUUAUAAAUGAAACACUGUGCUCAAUGAUAAAACGGCUGUGGCUGCUGUGCUAGUCUCUUCUGUAGACACCGGUCCCACACCCUGAGACAUUGCAGGCUAGCAGGGCUCACUUUUUCUAGCGUUUGGGUAUUUUGAGAGUGCUCCUCUGUUACCAUUCCAUGGCAAUUAUUCUACUGUCAGGAAGGGGAUUUCUGUGUUCUUGUUUUAUUAGUUGCUCAUAAAGUGCCUAAUAAGACUGCCUAGUCUGUGCUCCUUGUGUGCUCCUUGUGUGCUCCUUGUGACCAUUUAGUUCAAUCCUAUAUGUGUUAAUGCUAUAGGUGAAGGCUUUGGUUCAGAUAUCUUCUGAGCGCUAAGAUCAUCUUAAAGGGGCAAUCUGCAGUACAAAAAACAACAAAGCGGACACUCCGCCACUGUUUUGGUAAACAGCUGACGGUGGACGAACAAUGGUCGUAGUGGAAACUUACCACUGAUUAGUUAGUUAGAUAGUUGCUUGGUGCAACAUUUAGUUGUGUUGUCUAGGUUAGCUGAGGCAGCUAGAUAGAGAUAAUAAUAUUUUGAUUUGAUUAGACUGAUUGAUUGUUCUCACAGCUGAAGGUUUUAUCCUGCAUUAGCAACCCCAGCUUAGAGUCAUUAGGAUUUCCCUUAUCAGCAAGAAGAGAAUAAACAGAAAUCUAAUAAAAAUUAAUUACACAGGGUGUGCCACAUAGCAAGCGUUAGAUUUACCACUUUAUUCGAUUAAUGAGAUAAAAAUGGCUAAUAUAAAUAUGCCCUCUCUCUUAUAUUAACGAGAUGCCAAGCAAUUUGUAUAAUUGUGUCCUCCUUAGCAAAAUGUCUGUGUCUAAGCACAUUUCAAGACAAUGGCACUUUUUUAAAAAGUUGUGCUAUGAAUGCAUUGCUUUUUAAAUACUAUGAUUAUGUGAUUUAAAGUCCUGUCUAAAAUGUAAAGGACUGUAUACAUCAUUUUUUUCAGAAUAGAUCAUUUGAUUUCAGUUAUUAAUCCAGUAUAAAAAACAGGACUGCUCUUUUUUUUAUUGAUUUCAGAAGAGAACAUUAUGUCAUUUCAAUCAUUUUGAACCAUUCAGUUUGAGCUUCUCCCUUUUAUCUCUCUGUCUCUCUGAAGGUCCCGGGGAACCUUGUAGAGGCUGGUCUCAUGGACCUCCACAGCCCAGCAGAGGACUCCUGGGAGUGGGAUGAAAUGGACAUGACCAUCGUGGAGCACAUGGAGCCAUUGGAAUUUGAUGACAAACAAAAUGCUGAAUGUGAAUCAGGUCCAGGAUCCCCCGGGGCCAGUUUAGACUAUGACAUGUCCGAGGCGAGCCUGCAUGUUACUCAGCGAGGAAUGUCCUUGAGCGAAUCUUCCGGAGUGAUGCCUCUGUCUUCUCAGCGUCCUAGUGUCUAUCAGGUGUACAACCUGCAUAAUGUGGAGCUCUACAGACAGCCUCACAUCCUCUCCGUACACAAGACCUCUUCACCAGCCAAAGCUGGGAGGAAGCAGCCUCUUCUGAAGAGCCUGAGCAAAGACUCCUCCUUCUCAUCUGUGGAGUCCUUGCCAGACCUCCUAGGGGGUCUGCUCGGCGAGGGGAAGCAUGGGGGCCACGGCGAGUCCGCCCGCAGAUCAGAGAGCGAGAGCGGGAUAGUCAGCGAGGGCGACACGGAGACCACGGCCUGUCAGGAAGACCCCAGGAGAGGGGGCAGCACCUCCCUCACACCGCCCACAGGAGGCGACUCGCCUGGGGAAAAGGACAAAGAGAGGGACAGGGUGUGUGAUGAGGACAUCGACAGGAUCCUGGAGCGGGCCAACAAGGUAGCUCUGUAUGGGGACUGUGUGGCUGUCACGGCACUGAGAGAGAGAGACAAAGACCAAAGCAGAUCCAAAGCGGGGAAGAAUAGGAGAGGAGGAGAGGAAGGAUGUGGAGGAGGGGAGAACAGGAGGAGACACAGGAGAGAACCUAAUGUGGAGAUCCUGAUCAACGGACGUGGCCUCUGCCCUGACUCCGAGGAGGAUGAGACCCACGAUGAGAGGAGAGUGACAGGGGGGAAGGGCCGUAGAGAUGGAGAGAUUCCCCAUCUGUCUCAGGGGUCCUCCCUGGAGUCCCUAUACGCAGCGGGGGAGCUAUUUCCAUUCGUCAAAGACACUCUGCAGCGCUCCAUGUCUCUGGAGAGCUGGCUGGCCCCGUGUAAGAGCUGGGAGGAGGCCGAGGGAGAUGUAGAGGGAGGCAGCCAGGGCAGCCUGAGGGAGCUGGGCCUAGGCAUCGGAGCCAUAGAGCCCACAGGGGAACUGAGUCGCAGGACUCUGGAGCUCCUCAAACGCCUGGAGAACAUCCAGACCCCGCUACACGGCCUGAAGAUGACACGCAGCAUCUCUGACAUCACCCUGCUGAGCAGCAGCUCCCUGCGCCUCCCGGGGGCUGGAUACGGAUCUGGGGGGCCCGGGCACGCUGGGCGCCUCUCCGGGGGCCGGGGUGGUCCCCCCUCCUCAGUUAACGAGAGCUCAGCGGCGUCUCUGACGGAGCUGAGCAGCACGGAGGACUCGUCAGUGGGCUCUGAGGACCUGGCGGUGCUGAGGAACCGCUGCUGUCUUCUGGACUCCAAUGCCUCCUUCAGGAAGCACCACCACCGGGCCCAGCCGGGAGGUCAUCAUGGAGGUCACGGGGGUCACGACGAGGCUGACGCCAGCAUCAGCAUGGUGGUCAACGUGUCAUGCACCUCGGCCUGCACGGACGACGAGGACGACAGUGACCUUCUGUCCAGCUCCACGCUGACCCUGACUGAGGAGGAGCUGGGUAUCAAAGAGGACGAGGAGGAGGACUCUUCAGUCACAUCCGAGGAGGAGUACAUGGAGGGCACCUUCGCCCUGGGCCUGGAGUACAUGAAGAACGAGUUCCACAACUGGAUCCAGAAGCCCACCCGCUCCCAGCAGCAGUCCCAGUCCGGCUCCGGCAGAGACAAGAACCAAGGGGAUGACCCUCUAGGGGAUGAGCUGCAGUGUGGCACCCUUUCCAGAGAUAACACUAGCAGGCCGUCUGUAGGCAAUGAGCGCCGCUCCUUCCUGAGCCCCUCGGCGCUGAGGCUCCUUGAGUCCCACACCAACAGCAUUGUGAAAAAGGAGUGUCUCCAAGGGCGGGACGUGGGGGACACCAACAGGAAGAAUGCCACAAGGAGCUACAUCAGCCAGUUUGUAGAUGACAUGGAGAACGGGAACGUGGACAACUCUCAUAUCAAAGGGAAGGAUGAGGACGAUGAGCUGUUGAGAGAGGAGGGGAGCCUUUUCACCAUGAAAGGGGAGUCCUUCAAAGACUUCUACGUGAACGAGUCAUCGAUGAACGGAGGGGAGGACCAGAGAGGGGGAAUGAUCACGUCCACCACGCCGUCCUCAUGUAAGACGCUGUCCCAGCUCCAGGCCAAAGAGUCAUCUCUGGAGGGCCAGCUCCAAGGGGAGAUCCCCUGCCAGAGCUCCAGCCACCCCUCCCCCUCUCUCUCUCCCUUGGAGGACUGCCGGGGGUCCCACCAACACCACACCCUGCAGAGACCACCACACUCUGGGAACAACAGCCAGGAGAACCUCUUCUCCUCCUUCCUCAGUGAUGUCCACACCCAACAGAGCAGACGAGAGGCCGGCUCCAACCCCGGCCCAGACCCCAACUCAGACCGCCCCUGCUGCAGCCACCCCCACCCCCAGCCGCCCCCACGGAAGGACCAGAAGAGCCAGGAGAACGUGCACAACUUUGUGAUGGAGAUCAUUGACAUGGCUUCUGUGGUUCUGAAGAACAAGGAAAACCAGGCGGAAGACCAAGAGAGACCCGGCCAGACUGGAGCCCAGAUAAGGGACAAAGUCCUGGAGCACUCCCACCGGCCCAUUCACCUCCGCAAGGGAGACUUCUACUCCUACUUAUCCCUCUCCUCCCACGACUCCGACUGUGGAGAGGUCAGCGUCUGCUUAGACAGCAAAAGCACCACGCCCUUACUGUCGACUACCCCAGACAUCCGGGACGAGGAGAUGCUGUUCGAGGCCUGCACUGAGGAAGUGUACCUGGGACCUCCUCUCUGCUACAGCAUGGCUGUCACCAAGAGGCCCAGGAGGCACAGUCCCAAACUAAUGGACUGCUACUCCUCCUCUCCCUCUGCCCAGAGUCAGAGUCAGAGCCAAGCACCUCUGCCCACCUGCAAUGAAUACCAAAAAGCACAUGGUAUUUCUCCUGGAAGUAUAGCUGAGAGCCAGCUACAGUGCCAUAAUGAGGCUUCUUAUCUUAAUCCGUUACCAUGUGAAACCCUGAUAGACACUGUUGAAUGUUUUGCAGAUGCUAAAAUGCUUGAAUCCAAUAUUUCCCCUGUAAUGACUAAGAUAAGAGUCUCUUGCUCCAGUACAAAUCCUUUAAAAGAGGAAGGCAGCCACUGUAUUAAUCCUAAAAUUAACUGUCCCCCGAUAAGAAAGUGUGAUAGAGAUGAAAAAGGGCCUGCUUCACAGUGGAUGAAACAGAAGAGUGUCAGGAAAGGCCACAGCUCUCUUCAGGAACUCAAGUCAACUCAUAAACAGCAGCAGGUGAGUUUAGACAUUAUACAGUACCCACCCUUAUAUCUCCAGGUAAUGGGACUGGUGUGCAUUUCAGUCUGUAUGUAUUCAUAUCUGGGACUAAAUAUCGAAGAGGUAUUUUUAUUCACACCUUCGUUCAUCCCCCCUCCCUCCUCCUCCUCUUCUUCUCUGAAGUGUCGAUGGAAGAGGGAUUUGCUUAGCAUCCUCCGGUUAAGAAUGUUAAGGUCUACGGAACAGAAUAAUCAUAAUCAGUCAGAUUAUAUUAUGAUUCAUAAGCAAGAAUUCCCGGCGAAGAAUCAUUACUUAAUUUCAUGACUGAAUUAGCAUGUGUUUGUGUUCUUUUAAGCGGUUUCUCUAUUUCAUAUGCUAAGUUGCCACGGCUCUGGCUGCUCUCUUCAGAAACCUGAUGCCUGACCUUCUGUCACACCGUUAUCUGUCUGUGUCAAUUGGUGAAUAAUUAAGUGAUUACCUUGUAAACUGACGUAAUUAUAAAAACAUCCAACAAAGGAAGCUAAAAGGUGGGGUAGUUUGGGCUGGUGUAGACUUAAUGAUUCUUCUACGAGCAGGAAAUGUAAUUGAUACACAGAUCUUUACAAACAGAUUAUUUUCAAAGUUAUUAAGGCAAUUCUCAAUAAAAAUUAGUUAAAGGAAAGAGGGGAAUUGUUUUCCAUUCGGUACUUGUUGUUUGAAGUCAUUUACCCUAACCCUAUGUUAUUUCCUCAUCUCUUGUAGCUAUGCACUGUAACUAAAGGAUGAGUGGAUUAGAAAAUACUACAGAAAAUAGAACACCACCAACAAUUUAAUUCUAAUGUGGUUUUGAUUUAUUUGCUCUCCAACCCUCUCCCUCUCUCUCUCUCAUCCCCCUCUCUCUCCACAUCUCUCUCUUUCUAUCACUCCCCCCCUCUCUCUCUCCUCUCCUCAGUCUCCAAGGUCAGGCAAAGGUUAUGGGGAGGUCAGGGGCCGGGGUCCCCAGGGUAGUGGCCCCGUCUCUGACGGCUCAUCUACCUCAAAGACUGGAACCGCCAGGCCCCAGGUCAGGGUACGUAUGAUGAGCACCGCCACACACACACACACACUCACACGCCCACGCAUGCAUGCUUGCCCACAUAGACACACACACACACACACACUAACUUGGGCUGUGUACUCUACCUGGGAAAAUGUCUAAAGGGGUUUCUCCCUGUCAUCAUAGCAUUGCAUUGCAAACAACACAUUUUCCACCUCAUUCCAUUCUGCAAGUAAGCACAUUUAGAAGAAGAUUUGCCAUUAAUUCAAAAGGUGAACUAGUACGCUAUUUCUUUUCACCCAUCUCUGCACAAAAUGUUCUAUGAUAGGACAUAAAAGCUUAUUUUUGGCAUUCAUGACUCAAGUGCCUCAGUCUAGUAGUCAGACAAUGUUAUGAUUAAAAUAACAGGAACUCUACUCUCUACAUGGUGGCACCUUUACCAGCAAAUAGUUUUGAAAAUAAGCUAUUAUCUAAUAAGGGAUAUAUAUAUCGACUGCAGGUAGCUGUUACAUUAUGCCCUUUCCUCACUCUCUUUCAUGGCCUCAUCAGAAAGUGCUGGAAGAAUGAGAGCCUUUGCUUGGGUAGUCAGUCAUCCUCCCUUAUGAAAUGCGUAUUUCACAAAGAUGAAGAAUACAUCAAUGACUUCACAGUUUAAUUCCAAUCCCUGCUGGGAGUCUCUGAGCAAGUUCACAUGUACACACAGUACGCAUUUAGCCUUACCCACGAUUAUUUUAAUACAGUAUACAUUUAUUCGCCACAUUUAGCCUUACUCAACUAGAAGUCACUCACCACAAAGGCAAAUCACCUCAGAACUAUAUAUAUUCAUGGCUCUGUAUCCCCUAGUAGUAUGAACAAACUGUUACUGAAGGGAGAGUUGCAUUUAGUUAUGUAGUGAUGUCAUCCCCAAAUGGGCACCCCUGAGACUCUGCUGUCUCCCCUCUGUGAGUCCCCCUGUCCCCCCUCUCCCCCACUGUCCCCAUGCUGUCCCAUGCCAGCCCUCAGGGCAGGACACGUGAGCCCCAGCCGAGCCCCGGUAGUCUGUACAAACACACAUGCCGCCGCCGCAGGUGAGUCAUGUCCCCUGUCCCCAUGCCAGUGCCAGCCUCAGAAGUCACAGCUAGCUAGCUACACACAGUAGUCAGUUACACAGCUGUAUCUGACCCCCGUGACACCCUGGCACCGCCUCGUCUGGCCCACCUGUUCAGCCCCGCUGCAGGCCACACCACUAUAAAAGGGGAACAAGUGCAAUUAGGCCAAUGAUGAAUACAGACUAUGAAGCACUGCUAGAUGAAUCAGACUGUCUGUACCAUGGUCUAUGGUUUAGAGACUAAUAUAACUAGUGUUAUCUAUACUACAGAGGUAUUGUGUCACAGCGUGGUUUGAUGAAAUACUGUAUGUGCAUUGAGGACAAAUGUUUAAAAUACUCGCCCUUCAAAUUGUGUUUUUGAGAGUAUGUGAUGUUGCAUUGUAACAUCACUGGCAUUGUUUGUGUGAGCUGGUCACUACUAAAUUAGGUGGAAUUUUUAAAGUUAAAAUAGCUAUAGAACAGGUAGUGUGUUAUGAUAACCUACUAAUUCACUGACAUUGAAAUGGAUCGUUGUGUUCUUUUAUUUACAGAGACUAUCUGGGAGUGUUUCCACAGCCAACUCCAAAGCCUAGCUGUGAGAGAGGGGUGCAGUGUCUGUGUGCAGUGUCCAUCCUGGUGGCCUGUGGCCUGGGCUGGGCUCUCUCCCCUGGUCCCCCUGUUCCCCUG